UUUCGGUUCGGGUCAAAGGUUAUUGAAAUUUUGCGCGAAACUCAAAGAAAGGAGGUUUUGUCGUAGUAGUAGGCCAAAAAAGAUGUCGUAUAAUGUUUCAAAGGACGACUUAAUUGAAGAGUUUGAUAUAUUUGGCGUUUCUUUAAGUGAUGAAGAUAUUAUUGAUAAACUUCAACACCUAUGCAUGUUGUACAGACGCAAGGCGGAUGCGAUCGUAGAGGAAUGGGUAGCAUUUUCAUCCACAUCUCAUAUCACUCUCACUCUUGAAAAUCUUGACCAGCUUGAAGAACAGCUUGCUAGCAAGAUGAAAGUUUCUAAAGAGGAAUUUAAAGAUACCAAACCUAUGAUUUACACUGCAGAGACUAUUGACGAAAUUAUGGAUACCAAUGCUGCUGAUGACCUCUUCGAUGCUUACGUAACACCUACGGAAUCAAAAAAGCGUGUUCAAAGAACACCUGAGGCUGCAGUCAACAAACGAUUUUCAUCUGUAAACAGAACACCCGUAAUUAUGUCACCUUCAAUUAUGUCACCUAGCAGUUCUACGCCUUCGCAGAAGUACAGUGCACGUCAGAAUAAUGGACAAGUAUUGAUCUGGCAUGGCAGCGUGCGUAAUUCCAAUUGGAAAGGCUCAGACCCGACAACGAUUUCAGUCAGCCAUUACGGAGACUCUUACAACCACCUGAACUCGGACUUCAAGUACAUGUAUCAAAAGUUCACAGACAAAGCACAUGUUCUUGAUAACAUUAUAGAGGACAUAGGGCAGCAUCUACAAGAAACCUACAGCAUUGAAUGUAUUUCUCAUGUUGCCAUGCCGAUUCAGGAGUCAACAACAGUGAUUGGUCGAAUCUGCUGCGACAGUAAUGGACGAUUGAAUUCAUCCUCUGUUCUACUCGAGGGCUCCGUAGACUCAUCGUCGGGAAGGCGUGUCCACCUCAAUUUGUCAGAGCUGAAGGAAUAUUCCUUAUUUCCGGGGCAAAUUGUUGCUGUUGAUGGUAGCAACACAACAGGGAAUAAACUUGUUGCAUCCCAAAUAUAUAAAGGAAAAAGUUUACCGUUGCCAAGUGAUACAUCAAAUUCCCUACUAGAUCAUGGAUCACUACACGUUGCAAUGGCUGCCGGUCCUUUUACACCGUCCGAUAGUGACCAGUACGAGCCUCUUGAUGACCUAAUUAAGAUGAUACAACAGGAAAUGCCAGAUGUUUGUAUUUUGUUCGGACCAUUUAUGGAUGCAGACCAGGAAUUGAUUGUGGUAAGUCUUCCAGUUGUAAAAAUCAAAUAUGUUUUACUAGAAAAUGGAUACAACAACAAAAGCAACAAAAUGAGAGGAAAAAAGCUUGGCAAGAAGGGUUGCACAAAUACACACUUGGUUUUUGUGUCCUCGUACCGAGAUGCCUUCCACCAUUGUGUUUUCCCCUGUCCUCCAUAUUCAAAGGAGCAUCUGAAGAAUUAUGCAAAGGAACAAAAAGAAUAUGAGAGAAUCCAUUUUGUGUCGGAUCCAAGUACUCUCAACAUUAGUGGUAUUGUGUUUGGCCUGACAACUACUGAUAUUCUGUUCCACCUAGGUGCAGAAGAAAUCUCUCUCAGUCCACCAGGUGCUUCUGAUAGGCUAGGCCGACUGGUGAAGCAUCUUCUAACCCAACAGACCUACUACCCUCUGUAUCCACCUCCAUGCGGCGUGCCUGUGGACUAUGAACAGUUUGAAAGAUACGCCAAGAUGUCAGUAACACCAGAUGUUCUGAUCGUGCCAUCCAAUCUUAGAUACUUUCUGAAGGAAGUAGAUGACUGCCUCUGCAUUAAUCCUGGACGUCUGACCAAAGGUCAAGUAGGUGGUACUUACGGCCGUCUGGUGAUAUACCCAGUGGAAGAUGACAAUGGUCAAGGUAAAGGAGUUGUAUCUCGGUCAGCGGCUCAAAUACUCCGUAUAUAGAGGCGAAGGAUUACUUGCCAUCACAAUUUCCAAUGUACAAUAUCCAGGAUUGUUAAAAUCAUCAUGGAGUAAACUGACUACUAUCUUAUUGAUGUCAAAAUCGUCUUUUACAUACCCAAGAAUGUUCAAAUCCUCUGCAUAUAAUAGGGUGCUUUCGAUUUGGACGUCCAUCCUACAGGACGUCCUGCAUACGUAGAUUUGGCCAAAUUCAGCCCUAGGAUCCAUGGGACAAGGAGAACUUAACGUUCUCGCAUGCAGAGAUGACUUUUAGUGACGUCAUUACGCUCUAUGUCCUACCGUCGUCGUACAAUCGUAAGCUCCCUGAUGAUGGAUUUAAACCACAGGUGUGUAAAGUGCAGGCCACAACAAAAGUUUGGCCGCAUGCAAAAGAUAUAUUAAAAAACCCUACAUGUGUGGCCCGCCUACAAUCUUUGGCUAAUAAACCUCUUACUGUAAACUGCCAGAUGCCGAUAAUCUAUUAAAAAUUUAACGUUAAAACUGAGCAUAAAGCGCUACCAAAGCAGUAUGAAGGUUUUUGCAAACACAUUGAAAACGUUAAUUGGGCCCCUAGGUGUUAUGAAAAAUUGAGCUUAGUAGUUUUAUGCCCACUCCUGAUUUAAAACCAACUACGAUUCUCCGGAUAUUAAUUACAUACCCAAUUAAUAUUCCAAUUGUUUGCAUAUAUAGUCAUGGAUGUUAACCGAUAAAAAAUCUCUUGAUUUUGAAAUUUUGGAUUGAAAUUCUUGGGUUGUGAAGCAUGCCACGAAUGACCCAUGAAAGUAAGAAGGCUUGUUUCCAGUUGGGUCCUUCUGGUGGUGAAUUAGUUAGUACACCGGGAGACAACUCCCUACUCUUUUUUAUUAAAACUGUGUGAACAUGGGCUAUAUUGCACACAAGACCAAUUGUUUUUGAGAGGUACAUGGAUUUCAGCUCUCCACCUGAAACCAAAGGAGAGCUGUAAUGGAACUCCACAGUUUAGAACACAUACAGUGGCUACCACCUUUAAACAGACUGAGCUAAUUUCGCUGAAUAAACCCACUUAUUUUUCACUCUUUGCUCCUAGAAGUGUCUUUAAUUGACUUUUGUAAAUACAUUUUGUACAUGAGGUUUUCAAUGUUGUGUCAAAUAAAAUAUUGGGUAAGUAGUGAA